AAUAAUAAAAAGAAUUUCACGAAAUAAUUAAUUAAAUCGUAAGCAAUUGAAACUCAAGACACAUCAGGUGGGUUGACUACACUUUAUACCAUAGCAUCAAAUUCAAACAUUACUGAAUCCUUUGCUAAUUACAAAGAAAGAAAUGCUACGAAAGAAAUUAAAACUUGCCGAAAAACAAGAUGUUACAGAAACAAAAGAUUUAGAGAUUCCAGAAGCAAAUGUCGUCCAAACUGUGUCGAUUACAUUUGAAAUGAUGUUUUGGGAAAAGAUCUGGCGACUUGAGCAGCAAUUGUGCGAAGAAUUAAAUCAAAUAGAAUUCAGCAAGUCUGAUAAGAAUAUCGGAGCAAUUUACAACAGUUUGGAUUAUGCUGCAGACGUCCAUAAGAAUUAUUUGAAGCAGUAUCUGAAGAAGUCUCCGAAAGUAUUAUUCUUGGGAAUGAACCCAGGAUUAAAUGGAAUGGGCCAGACUGGAGUUCCUUUUGGUCACGUUGCAACUGUAAAAAAUUGGAUGAGAUUGUCUGGUCAUGUUGGAAAGCCUGAAAUUGAGAUUCCUUCGAAGCAAGUUGAAGGAUUUGAUUGCACUAAGGAAGAACCGAGUGGAAAGAGAUUCUGGGGAUUGAUUCAAGAGCUUUGUGGACAACCUGAAAACUUUUUCAAUAACUGCUUUGUUCACAACAUUUGUCCCUUUGCAUUUUUACAUGCUGCUGGACGAAAUAUAACUCCAACGGAAAUUAAGGGACCAGCAAAAGCUCAGCUAAAUUCAGUCUGCUUAAAAUAUUUGGCACAAUCCAUUGAAGUCUUCAAUCCACAAAUAAUAAUCAGUAUUGGCAGCUACGCUAAUGAUCGCAUCAAAGAUCUCAAAAAGAAGAAUCUUAUUUCAGAAUUGAUUGAGUGCAAGCUUUUAGCACAUCCAAGUCCAAGAGCAUUAAACAAUCACGACUGGGUCGACAAAGCCCGCAAAUGGUAUCAAGAAAAUGACAUUAUUAAGUAUUUCAACAAUUGAACGGCAAAAUUGUUUGAUUAGCGGAACCAGCGCUAUAAAAUUUACGUACCUGUUAAAAUGUUCAGUAUUUAAAAGAACAUUCAUCACAA